CCUGCUUCCACAUCCAUCAGGUCUCAACCAUUAAAGUCAGAAGGGAGGAAAUCACGAGAGGCCGUACUCGCGUGCUGCUCCUCGGUCAUCGUGUGGUUUAGCAGGAUUAGCGCGUGCCAUACGAGAUCACGGGCAGACGGAUGUACCGACGGCCGCCUGCCCUGAAGUUGGAUACCGAAAACUGAGCGAAAGGUUUACUCCUGCUAUCUUAAAGAGGAAAGCCGAGGCGAUAGCGCGAGCCCCGCGUAGAGCUGCGUUUGGAGCACCAUGAAGCUCCCGUGCUGGAUAGCGCUCGCGCUCUUGCUGGCGCAGACUACACUGGCACAGCGACGUACAUCUCGACCGGUAGAUGAGGAGAGCUCUGGAGAUGAAUUUUAUGACGAUGAGGACUUCUUCUCUGGUUCUGGCUCUGGAUUUCCAGAUAUGCCAACUGAAGCAGGUGUGUCUGUCACUACAGAGGAGCCCCUCCCACUUUCCACAACACAGGCCACUGGCCCCGCCCCGUCAGCCUCCCCAGCUGCAGAGCCCAGUAGCCCACCUCCACCUGAGGUAGAACGAGAGGGCGAUAUGAGGCAAGAGGUGGACAGAGAGAGAAAAAUUGAAAUGGAGAAAAAGGAGGAGGAGUUUGAAGAGGAAAUGAAGAGGCAGAAAGAGCGGGAUAGAGAGCGAGAAAGAGAAUCUGGGAAAGAAAGGAAAUGGGAAGCAGAUACAGUGCAGCAAAGAGAAAAGGAACAAGAGAAAUCAAAGGCUACCGUCGCACCUCGACUUACUGAAGUUCCUGUGGUAGCUAUGGAUUCCUCUACAACUCUGGGUGAAACUACAGUGGCCUCUAGUGACUUGGAGGAUCUCAGCACCACAGAAGAAGAGGCUGAUCUGUUCAUUACUACAGAAAUGACCAUGUCGGAGCCAACCAGCACCACAGAGACCACAACAGAUGAAAUAACAACCACCGAAGUUCUACCCACCACCGUUGCCUCAACCACUGCCAAGCCAACCAGAUUACGUCCUGCCCCGACCACUCCCAGUACUGCCCCUGUACGGCCACGACAACCACAGACCACCCCCAGUAGAGCUGAGAGCAGCUCUCGUUCAGUGAUGACCUCAACAGUACAGACACAAACACCAGCCGAGACUGUAAAUAAUGAAGUUGCAGGAGCAGACCCAAGCGGUGAUUUUGAAAUCCGUGAGGAUGAUGGUCGCCAAGGCAACGAAGUUGGGCGAGGCAAAGGGGCGCCUGGUGUGGCAGCAGAACCAGAUUUGACUGGCAACGCGUUAGAUGCAGCUGGAAGUUCUGCCACUCAGCUUCCACAGAAGAACAUCCUGGAGAGGAAGGAGGUUUUGAUAGCUGUGAUUGUUGGAGGUGUAGUCGGGGCACUCUUCGCCGCAUUCCUCGUCAUGUUACUCGUCUACCGGAUGAAAAAGAAAGAUGAAGGAAGCUACACACUUGAGGAGCCUAAACAAGCCACCGUCACCUACCAGAAACCAGACAAGCAAGAGGAAUUCUAUGCCUAACAACCAUACAUUUUCUCCCCUCCAUCUCUCCAACCUUCUCCCCUCUUUAUCAGAUCCCCCUCCCUCUCUUCUCCCUUUCAUCUCUCACCCUUUUCCUUUGAUCCCUUUCUUCCCUGAUUUCCCCAUGAGAGUUCCUCUCACUCCACAGACUCAGAACUUUCUUUUUUCAAAAAAAAAAAGAAGAAAAAAAAACUGAAAAAGAUCAACGUUAAAAAACCAGAAGUUGCUUUAGGUGGGGUUUUGGGUGGGACAGGGCCAGUGAAGGGUGGGGGGGUGUCUAGACAUACACAGAGAGAAAAAAAAUUCUUUUUUAAAAACAUGUUAUUAUUGAUAUGUUUAGGAUCGUUGUUCUAUGAAAUUAUGACCUGAAUCUUUUUGUAAAGACACUGCGUUUCUUAUUUGUUUCUGCACAAUAUUCCUCUCAGACUGAAAACAUGGGAGCAAAAUAAAAAAAGCAUGAAAAAAUAAGGGAGAGAAAAUGAAGACAGAGGGGGUCAUGGAGUGAGGGAGAAAAUAAGAGUUGCUUGAGAAAAGGAGAGAGACGUAGAUGAGGAAUUUUAGACCUUACUCGAAAUGCUCUCCUGUCACCAAGGUCAGUGAUCCAACAUUGUGUGGUACCUUCCAGUUCCCUGGUGCUACAGACUGAGCGCGACCAGAGAAUAAUGUGUAUCUGUGUGUGUGUAUAUUUGCGCCUGUGCGUGUGAUGUAUGUCUAAGGUGCACUUAUGACCUGAGCCUAGAUACACACACACAUACACGCACAAAUGCACACUCACACGCACAGACUGACUCCCUCCGCUGGUGAGAGUGUGUGUCAGCACGACAGGCCUCGUACCGUCUAUUUGGAACAGAGAGCCCGAAACAAGUUCAAUGUUUAACACAGCACAUAAAAACACUGCAGAUUUGCUGUGAGGGAGCGCAUGCAUAGAUUCAGAGGACUAGCUUCUCCUCUGCACUGUAUAAAGAUUUUAGUAAUCAAUAGUAAUAAUCAAUAAUAUAUCAGCAGCUCUGAAUGGAAGGAAAAUGAUGAUCAUAAUAUUCAUAGUGAAGGAUAUUAUCUAUUUAGCCUGUGUAGUAAGGUUUUAUUGGUGUAAAUAUCAACUCAACUUUUUGUUUUAUCAUGCUUUUAACCAUGCUAUUGUACUAAAAAAAUUGCACACACACGCUAUUGAUAUCCACCCAAACAUCUACACAUUACCAUUGCAAUCUACAUUGUGAACUAUUUUUGUCAGCUGAACCCAGAGAAAUCAGCCCAGUGAAAUGCGUAAACCUUUCCCUCAGUGGUUUGGUAUUUUAAAGGUCAUUAGAUCAAAUCUCUGGUUUUUGUGCACACCCAAACACAGAAUUGCACAUUUUCUCAUUCACAAAUGUCACACAAAAAAUCUUUCUGAUGGACGGUCAUUUUGUCAGCUCAAGACUUCUUUAAGAUAAGACAUAGGAAGUUGUUGAUAUGGUACUUGUGAAGAUUAGGUUUAUGUUGAUGGAACAUUAUCGCUGUGGUUAACAGAUGCAAGGCAAACAUUAAACUUAAUGGUCCAGAAGAAAUAUCUAACCAAGGUAUCUGAGCUGAAAGCCUUUAAUGAAGCAGGAAGGACAAAAAUAAUUGCUGUGUUUUUUGUUUUUCUCAGUGGCUUUGUUUUUGUUGAAAUAUGUCAUGGCUUGUGAUACAUCUAAUUUAUUCAAGCAAAAUUACUAGAAAUGCAUUAAUUAGCAAUAACAAGCUAUCAACGACAGAACACUCAGAUGUUAUCACCUGACUCUGUGGUUGACGUGCUCAGAAUGUAUGUGAGAUGUCAUAAGGUGAGACGUCCGCGUUACUCACAGCUGUAGCUCAAGAAGUGAGCGAAAAUUGACAAUUAGUACAUAUCAUUUUAAAUAUUUAAACAUGUAACAGUAACAGUGUAGCAUUUGGAAUGGGCUGUGUGCUUAGCAACAUUGUCACACAGACUUAAAAACCAGUGAAUCCUCAAUAUUUACACAGUAAAAGACAUUUAGAAAACGCUCUAGCCCUAUUUGGACGGCGGUUAUUUUACAUGGGGACGUGAGGUAAUUCCAGCAUUUAUAGGGGGUAGUCAGUGAUUUUAUUGGCGUCCGCAUCCGAAAUGUCUGUGUUUUUCUUCCACCUCCCUCCCGCUAGAAAAUUCCCGGCCAAAUUACCUACUGUUUUUUGAUAAACACCAAGGUCAUGUGGUAAUUUAAUUACCGUCUGAAUCCACAUCUCUGAAUUUAUUAUCCAAAAGCCGUUUUGGAAAUCUUUUUUGACCACUGCUAAGUGCCGUACGUUUGCGCUGCGCUUUGUAACAGCUCUGUCUAAUGGACAGUUGUGAAAGAUGGAGGAUUGUGUAACAGAAUUUGUUUUAUAAUAAUAAAAUUAUGUCGCCACUCCACCACAGUGAGUAGGAGCUCUUAAGUAGAAAGGAAAGAAAAACGAGGAUCAGAUCACGUAAACUUUUUAAAUGGUCCUUUAUUAUGGCAGCAAUGUAAUAAAAUGUUAAUAUAUUACAUUAUAAUGUAGAAACGUUUACUAAAUACAUUUAUACAUAGGGCUUGCAUGACUACUCGUUUAUACGGGUCAAGUAUUCCCAGAAAAUUUUCUAUCUUAUUUAAAAGGUUUAAUUUCCACCACAUAAGAAAAUAAUUUUUACCAUAGCUCCUCAAAUUUCAUUUGAACUAUCUUUACUGUCUUUGAUUUGUGAAGCUUCUAUAGCUGCUUCAUGCGCUUAGGAGAGAGAAAGCGGCGCAACUGAGGUGAUGCGGGUGAUGAAACAUGCGUACCCCCAUUGACAGACUGAUUUGGCUGAUAAACAGAUUGAUAAACAGUCUUGACCCUACAGUUCUUGAUUCGUUUAAUUGCUCUUCGCAAGAAUUUUGGCUUGCUCCGUAUGUGAAAAUGUACACUGUAUAUGUUUGCAGCACGGUUCCCUCAUGCUUUAAAAACUUAUUUUUACUUUAGCGUAAUUCCAAACAUAUUUAAACGCAAAUACAGUGGACACAGUUUGUGGAUUGAUGAAUUUUCCAUAUAACAAGCACAACUGCAAACAUGUGAUCUACAAAAAGUCUCGCUCGUCCCCUGUGAUUUAAUUGUCAUCCGAAUGCAUGAGUUUUAUCACUGAGGGGCCAUGAAAAUGUACUUUUACAGAUGUCACCCUGAGAAACAGUUGCCGUCAGAAUAGGGCACUAUUUAUAAAAAUAUCGCUAAGCUGAGGGUAAAGCUGACCUAACACUAAAUAUGACAUCAGAUAGCUUCCUACUAUAUCACUAAUCAUGCAUUUAGAAUGGUAAUGAUUUUUUACAUGAGAGAUCUACCCAUAAGGCACACUUGAGCAUAAUAAAUCAGUUAACUAUUAACUUAGUGUGUGUACUAGAGAACAUUAAAGACUCCACACUGUUUUCUUUGAUCAUUUAGGGGUGGAGGGGGAAAUCAGAGAUAGGGUUGCAUCCAUAUGGGGCAGUUGUGCUUCAAUCUAAGAUUGUAAUGUCACACCUGUGCAACUGUACUUGUAGCUUGAAUAUUGUACUCUCUAAGCUGUAUGAUCAUGUUCUUUGAGUGUAAGAGUGUAUAUGUGAGUAUUUGCUUGUUUAAAUGCAUCUGCAAGUGUUUUGCCUUCCCAAGCAGUUCUUCCAUUGUGGGGAUAUAUUCCCUUCACCCCACACUUAAGUCACUCUAUGACACAAUUGCACAAACACUUAAAAGCAUAUUGGGUGAUUCUCACAAAACCUGUCUAGAACAUUUCCUGGUCCUAUUUUACUCUAAAAUCAUAGCAAAUAAGAAAUUAUAUUUUGCAUAUAGAAAAUACAGCCUAUUUUAGGGACAUUUACGAUUUUUUUAACAUUGUGAAUUAUUUUCAUUACAGUUACGCAGAUUUUACCCCUGAUUUCUCAUUACCACAAUGUGAAAAAAGAUGGUAAUUAUGAAAUUGUCAUUACCAUAAUGCGAGAAAAGAUGAUCAUUAAGAUACUCUCAUUAUUGCAAUAUGAAAAAAGAUGGUUAUUGUGAUAUUCUUAUUAUUACAAUGCAAACAAAGAUGGUAAUUGUAAAAUUUUAAUUACUGCAAUGCGAUAAAAGAUAGUCAUUAUUAUUCUCUCAUUACCGCAAUACGAAAAAGAUGGUUGUUAUAAUAUUGUCAUUACCGCAGUGCGAGAAAAGAUGGUUGUUCUGAUAUUCUCAUUACCGCAAUGCAAAAAAGAUAGUCAUUAUGAUUCUCUCAUUAUCACAAUGCGAAAAAAGAUGGUUCUGAAAUUCUCAUUACCGCAAUGCAAAAAAAGAUAGUCAUUAUGAUUCUCUCAUUAUCACAAUGCGAAAAAAGAUGGUAGUUAUGAUAUUCUCAUUACCGCAAUGCAAAAAAGAAAAUGGUUAUUGUGAUAUUCUCAUUACUGCAAUGUGAGAAAGAUGGUCAUUAUGAUACUCUUAUUAACGCAGUCCGGAAAAAAAUAUGGUUAUUGUGAUAUACUCAUUACCGCAAUGCAAAAAAAGAUGGUCAUUAUGAUUCUCUCAUUACCACAAUGCGAAAAUAGAUGGUUGUUAGAAUAUUCUCAUUACCGCAAUGUGAAAAGAUGGUUAUGAUUCUCUCAUUACCACAAUGCGAAAAAAGAUGGUUCUGAAAUUCUCAUUACUGCAAUGCAAAAAAAGAUAGUCAUUAUGAUUCUCUCAUUAUCACAAUGCGAAAAAAGAUGGUAGUUAUGAUAUUCUCAUUACCGCAAUGCAAAAAAGAAAAUGGUUAUUGUGAUAUUCUCAUUACUGCAAUGUGAGAAAGGUGGUCAUUAUGAUACUCUUAUUAACGCAGUCCGGAAAAAAAUAUGGUUAUUGUGAUAUACUCAUUACCGCAAUGCAAAAAAAAGAUGGUCAUUAUGAUACUUGAAAAAUGUGAGAAAAAAAAUCUAUUAUUUAAUUGCAAAGUAUUUAUACAUCAUAGUAUUACUCCCUUGGUACUGCCUUUUAAUUUUUUGCUGAUUUAAAUUUUUAAAAAUCAUUGUACAACAGCAUCUUUUUUACUUUAAUUCAGUAAAACAAUGAUGGUGUUAAUAAGAAUCAUCAUUGAAAAUAAUGGUAAAAGUGAAACCUCCGGACACGUUAAGGUAAUGAGAAUUGGGGGGGGGGGGGGGGAAUUGUGUUGAAAUGUCCUGAAAAUAAUGUCACAGUUCAAUAAAUCUUAAUAGACUUUAAUGUAGGCAAAAUUAGUAUUUUGUAUUAAUUUAGGGUUAAAUAUGACCAGGACGUUUUCUUGACAGGUUUCGUGAGAAUCUCCCUAUUACCUAGCAUCACAGCCUAGAGCCUCUAAUUAGGACCUAGAGGAAUUCAUGACCUGCACACCUUUGAAUAAAAUGCUGUAUUGAGAGUUAGUUUUCUGGACACUGAGAAACCCAAUAUUCUUGUCCUAAAGGUUCCAUAUUUAGUUCAGAAUUUGUCUUCAGUUGUUUCGAAAAACUGACCCUACCACUGUUACUUCAAAUACUUACAAAACCCCAGCAAUCAUUAGUGUCUAAUUGGAAUAUAGACUUGAAUAAUGUUAAUCAAAUGCUUUUGUGCUUAACAGGCCUACAAUUAGUAUGAAAUUCAGGUGUGAAGACAUAAUGAUUGUUUAAUGAAAGAUUCCUUUUUAAAGAAAAAUAGGCUUUUUCAAGCUUUUAGUGCUGGAGGUUAAUAUUUAGAUCAAAUUGUUCACAGCUUUCACCCCACCUGUCCUACAGUCUAAUUUUUACAUGUGACCAACACAUACACACGUCCUUGUGAAGCACCCACCUCCCAACAACAACCAUGCACCUGUCCACUCGGGUAUGUGUGGAGGUCACUGUGUGAUAAUGUUAUGGAUGUCAGUGGAACUUUGAGUUUGCAUUGCUGUCUUUUCUACUCGUUUUUACCUGUCACUCUUUCUAUUCAUAGCCAAAAAUGAGGUGGGCCUUCCUGUGUCUGUGUGCCAAUCACAGACCAGCAUGGUCCUGGUCUGAUGGUCGCCCAGCGUGCUUUUAUACAUACUAAUUUUUUAAAGAAAUUUUUUGUUUUUGUUUUUUGUUUUUUCUCAUUGGUUGAUUUGUGUAUAAAGAGGCAAAGUUCUGUCACUAAUAUGCCACUCUAUUCUAAAUAAAAACCUGACUGGUUA